AUGGAGAUGUUUUCCGUCAUCCUGAAUUAUAUAGUGUCGAUCUUCAUAUUUGAGUCGUUUGAAAAUGGAGCUGUCGAGAGUCUCGAGGCAAAAGGAUACGACGCGCAGCGAAGCGAUGCCCUGACGAGAAUGAAAUUCAUCGCCGGAUGCAGACCGUUCAACGUGGACGUCAAAGAAAAUUGGUACGACGACGACGCGAUGUUCGCGAACGAAGCCAAGAGGACGAUGAUGAAUUCGAGCCUGUCGCUCUACGACUGGAUUCGGUUGCGACCCGAAGAGGCGACGAAACGAGUCCGGGCCAAGGACUGCUUCGAGUAUUGGAUAUCAGUUUUGUACAACAUGCAAAAAAGCAGCAAAGGUAAGCCGAUCGAAAUAAUUCAAUUUUCGUCAGAGGAUAAAAUCCAGUUGAACGAAAAAGCCCUUGAAAAAAUCCUCAACCAAGAAGAUGUACGUGAUCGCAAAAUCGUCGUUAUAUCUGUCGCUGGGAAGACCCGUUUGGGCAAAAGCACACUUCUCAACUACAUGUUGCGUUAUUUGCAUUCUGAGGAGAAAGAAAAUUGGCUAAACAACGAAUCGGAAUCUCUCCGAGGUUUUUCUUGGAGGCAUGGUUCAAAACCCGACACAAAUGGUAUUCUUGUAUGGUCGGAAGUAUUCAAACUUGAUCUGGACACUGGAGACAAACUCGCUAUUUUACUCAUGGACACGGAGGGAAUUGACGCCUUGAAUGCUUCGGAUACCAAAUGUACAACUAUAUUCUCACUCAGUUCGCUGUUAUCUUCGGUGCAAAUUUUCUUAACGCCUCAGAAAAUUGAUAAAAGGACCCUGCAGAACUUACAAUUCUACUCGGAGUUUGCCAAGCUCAAUGGAAGUGAUGAAAAUGUAUUCCAAAAGUUGCUUUUUUAUGUACGUGACUGGCAAGAUUCGCAAGAGUUUGACUUUGGUAUAAUUGGAGGAAAUAAUUUUUUAAAAUCUCAACUUGAAGAUGCAAUUCCAAGUUUGAAAGAAUACAUGAGGAAAAUCUUGGAUGUUUCAUGUUAUCUGAUGCCACAUCCUGGUUUAGAAAUCAUUGAAUCUGAUGGUCAGACUGGAUCAUUACGUGAUGUCUACAAAAAGCAUCUCAAUCAACUUUUUAGCAUGUUGUUUGCGCAGGACAAGCUUGUUAUUAAAGAAUAUAAUGGGGCAGCGAUUACAGCUGGGGAGCUACUUCAGUGUUUUAGAACUUACACAAGCAAUUUUCAAACUUCUCCUUCUGUACAGAAUCUGUUUGAGGCUACUGUACAAGCUAAUAACUUGAUUGAAAUAGAAAGAUCAUUGAAACUAUAUAAGACUCUCAUGAGAGGGCGCUUUGAAAAUGGCCAGUCUUAUGCUGGGAGAGAUGAGUUGAAAAAGGGACACGAGGACUGUUUCCGUUCAACAUUACAGUACUUUAUUAGUACAAAAAGAAUGGGCGGUAAUACAUAUGGUGAUAGAUACAGAGAACAUCUAGAACAGAAACUUCAAAAAGAAUUUCAAGAAUACAUUGUAAUUUAUGAACUUCAAUAUUAUACUCUUUGGCAAUCAAUUAAGAAUAACUUCAAUAAGUUAUAUCUGUGGGUUACUUACUUAGCACUUUACUUGUAUAAGAAAUUAAUCGGAUAUUUCACAAAAAAUUCAAAUGAUCGUAAUCUUCAUCGUUUAGCUCAAUAUUAG